AUGUUUCUCUUCCACGCUGCUAUCACCGUCCCGUCCGCCGUCAGCCUGAUAGGUUAUCCGCACUAUACGGUAUAUGUGGAAAAUCAGGCGGUCGUCGCCAACACGGGCGGCGUAUUUGCACACACUAACAUCCACCUCCCAUUCCUUCAUAAUCGCCCACCGAGCCACCCUCUUCUCUACGGAUACUGCUAUUUAUCCUCGUCCACAAGAAAACAGGUCAACGAUGGCCUCGACCCGGCCUUUCGCAUCGCCCUGCCCUGCAUCUCACCUUUCGCGAGAGUCUAG